UCUGCUCAUGCGCCAUUUGCAAAACAUAAACAAACAGGAGAUUUGAUGACUAAACGUCACAGGUUUUAAACUGAAAUAUUUACUUUGAAACUUUGAUAAAUCGUAACAUCUUUCUGGUACUGAAACAUGGGCUGUAUUGUAGGCUCGCUUGCCUGCUGCUGUGGGAGUGCUGCCUGUAGCCUUUGCUGUGCGGCCUGUCCAUCAUGCAAGAACUCAACCGCGACUCGAAUUGGUUAUUCAAUAGUUCUGAUCUUUGGAACCAUUGUAGCCUCUAUUUUCCUGGCUCCAGGCCUCCGAGGGGCACUGGAUAAGAUUCCGGGGCUGUGUAAAGACUACUUCACUUUUGACAUAUUUACGGAGGAUCAUGCCCAGGACAAGAAGGCGAUGUGUGAUGACAUGGUUGGAUAUCUGUCUGUGUACAGAAUCUGCUUUGCUAUGGCGGCGUUCUUCUUUCUCUUCGCCAUUAUCAUGAUCAAUGUCAAAUCCUCCAAGGAUCCUAGAUCUGGUAUCCAGAACGGAUUCUGGGCCAUAAAGAUACUGGUUCUUGUUGGUAUUUGUGUUGGAGCAUUUUACAUCCCCAGAGGAGAGUUUGGACAAGUGUGGAUGGUCAUUGGUAUGAUUGGAGCCUUCCUCUUUAUACUCAUACAACUUAUCCUCAUCAUUGAUUUUGGACAUGGCUGGGCUGAGAGCUGGGUGGAAAAAUAUGAGGAAACUGAAUCCAAAUGCUAUUACUUUGGACUGCUGUUUUUUACUGUCAUAUUCUACAUUUUGGCCAUCGUCGCCAUCGUACUUUUCUACGUGUAUUACGCCAAGGGUGACUGCAGCCUCCACAAGUUCUUCGUCAGCUUUAAUCUGAUUCUGUGUCUGGCAGUAUCUGUACUAGCCAUCUUACCCAUGGUCCAGGAAUUAAACCCAAGGUCUGGCCUGUUGCAGUCCGCAGUCAUCACCCUGUAUGUCCAGUACUUAACCUGGUCAGCCAUGUCCAACAACCCAGAUACCUCUUGUAAUCCGAGUCUGCCCGAGAUAUUUAGUGGCAACAGCACAGCUCCUUCCUCAUCCAGUACGAGUGGCUCAAUGGUGUUUGGACAAUUUGACUACCAGAGUCUAUUGGCCCUCCUUCUCUGGCUGUUUGCUGUCCUCUACUCUAGCAUCAGGACCUCAACCAACAGCCAAGUAGGCAAACUGACCAUGUCGGAGAAAACCAUUCUGCAAUCAGAUACAGGCGAAAGUCUUCUGUCUGAUUAUCAAGCUUCAUCGGAAUCUGACAAGGAUGAGGAGAAAGGCGGACAGAAUGUGUGGAACAAUGAAGAAGAAGGUGUAGCCUACAGCUACAGCUUCUUCCACUUCAUGUUGUGUCUGGGAGCUCUGUAUGUCAUGAUGACUCUCACCAACUGGUACAGCCCAAGUUCUGACUUCAACACACUGAACUACAACAUGCCGGCUCUUUGGGUGAAGAUCUCCUCUACUUGGGUCUGCUUAGCCCUUUAUGUCUGGACGCUGGUAGCUCCUUUGAUCCUCCGCAACCGCGAGUUCAGCUAAGGGACGUAAAUGUCAAGCAGAAUCAAACAAGGCAGGCUACAAAGUUUUGACAACUGCCAAGAGACUGUUAAUGAACUAGACAGAUUGGAGACCUAACCAACUUGAUAUGUCUGAGACAGGUAUCUGUUGGGAUGGCAUUCAAACUGAUGUGAUAUUCACAAUUUUUUUUUUGCUUGUGAAGGAGAAACACGACUUAUUUGAUUGUAUAUGUCCUAUUCUAUUGAAGAUUCAUUAGCUCAACUGCUUGUUAGAAUUAAAAAAAACUUGAAUGACUGCGAAGUUCUUGUUGGUCAAAAGGUCUAUAAAGGAUUAACAAAAUCUGAACCCAUCUUGGUACAGAGAUGAAAUUGUCAUCGUUUUAUGAUAAAGUGCUCAAAGAAAAGUUGCAAUGUAGCAAAGAAUUUGGUCACUAUUAUUAAGUUUCUGUCUUGAAAGUCGCACUGCCUGCUUUAAAGUAAUGUUGUCUGAUAACUUAGACAGAAUUACCUUGAAAAAUAUGAAUGCCAGUGCAGCAUUGUGUGGGGAAAAUAUUCAGAAUGUGUUAUCAGAAAAAUCAGAAUUACUGAUUAUCACGCUGUUUGUGUGAAAUUAAUAUGAUGUUUUGAAAAGACAAUUCAUGCAAGACGGUAUUUAGUUGCCAUGACCUGCGGUUGAGCUAAUGAAACAUUUUACCUGUACAUGUGGAGAUUUUGUAGGAACUCACUCUGCUUUAUGUUAUGUUUAAACAGUUUUGUUAUUCUUUUUUUUUCAGCAGGAAUUAGCUAUAUAAUGCAAAGAUUGAAUUGGUUUUUGUAGGAAUUAUAAUGUCGUUUUAUCUUUCUGUAGAAUAGCUUCAAGAAAGUAUAUAUUCUCCAAAGAUAUUGUGUAUGAACAUAUAAACCAGAAAAUAUAGUUUCUUCUGCAUCAGAUCAUACAUUCUAAAUAUACAUUCUUUUGAUUUUUAUUGUUGAUCAGUAAUUCAUGACUGAUUGCAAAAUACAUUUCAAAAUUAUAUAUCAAAACACUAAAUCUGUAUUUAAUUAAUUUUGUGUAUUAUUUUUCAUUUAGAAAGGACCAUCAGUAAUCUGAAUGUCGUAUGUCAAGGAAAUUUGAGAUCCAGACAAAAAUAUUUGGACACAUGUUUCCAUUGUGUUAUUUUACUUACCAGUCUGAGAAUACAAACUCCAGAUUCGAAAACUAUUUAUUUUUUAUUAGGAAAUUUUCUGAUUGAUCUAAAACAUCAGAAAUGACCAUUUCUAAAUGUGGCUUAUGUUAAUUUAUGUUAAUAUCCUGUCUUGUUAAUCCCGAAUGUUUUUUGUAGCGGAUAUAUGAUGUUAAUGUUGUAGUAUGAUGGUUUUUAUUCCCACCUAAUUAGAUAGGUGUCUGUAUCUUACAGACUUUCAUAUCUUUCCUGUUAAGGUUACCAUAUACAUGUAGUUGCUGACUGAUUUCACAAUUUGAAAUAUUAAAUAAUUAAAGUAACAUUUGUGAGACAUACCUCUUUAAAGUUGUCAUACCAGUCAAAAUUAAACAUGAGAUGAAGUGACAAUGAUAAAAUAACAACAGUGCAGUAACUUUUUUUUUACUUUAUAAAAUCCGAAAUUUACAUUGAUGAUUUACUUUCCAUUAACUUUCUCUUGAAUUGUUAUAUUUUUAAAAUGACAAACUGUCUUUCAUUGGUGUUUUCUAUCCUAUAUAUAUACUUUUUUCUCGAUGAAAUAACCAUAACAUGUUAAAUAUAUAGAUAUUGCAUCAUAAAAUUUUUAAUUUAAAACCAUUGUAUAAUUAGAUUUUAUAGGAGAUCAAAAAGACAGUGUUUUCUUUUUUAAAAACAGGUAAACCAAAAACUGCUUUUUUCUAGGAAUUAUUUGUGAUAUUGUUAUGUGUUGUAUUGUAAUCUCAUUGAUGUCAUGACAAUUAUAAAUAUAGAGGUUACACAAAGAGCGGUUGUUGGAUAUGGAAUUUAUUUCUCACGAGUAAGUUAUUUUUUAAAAGUUACAAAAGACACGAGCUUUAUGGAGUGUCUUUUGUAACUUUAAAAAAAACAACUUUAAUAUGACUGUGAAAUAAAUUCCAUAUCCAAAAAUCAUGAGUCGUGUGACCUGUUUCUACCACAAUAAUAUCGGCUUGAAUCAAAGGGAAACGUGGCAAAGUCUUAUUUCGCGUAUGCAAAUAAGGUGUACAGGUGACGGCAGGGACCCGGUGAUGUGACGUCAUUUGAUUAUUGAUGAUUUCAAUAAAAAUUGCAGCUCGGGUCAAAGUUCGAAUUCUUGACCAAUCAAAAGACGGGAUGGUCAUAUUCCACUAGUGGAAUAUAACAUAUAUAUCCAACAGUCGGCACAUUUAUACAAUGGCUUGAGUGGAAUAACACAGCGUAUUGUGGUAGAAAUGUUUUUACAAUAUUAUCAAGCAUUUCUCAGUAGAUGUAUGUCAGAGUAUAGAAAUUUUUGCUUUAUGGAUAUUUUUUGUGCUAUUUCGUACUUUAUCAUUCUGCUUUACUUGAGCCUGUACAUGUAAGGGAAGUGUAUAUUGCAUUGUUGAUGAAUCAAUCUUUCUGUUUUGCAAAUACAUGUAGUUGAAAGGUGGAAAAUAAUAUUUUUCUUUACAAUGUUGAAUUAUAAUAGUUACAAUCACACUAGGUAUAAGAUGAUAACACUUCUCGAAUACCUACUCAUUUAAAUCAUGCAGUAACCAUAUUUUCUUUUAAUGAAUAAGAUGAAGUUAACUGGGAUGAUACUGAAUGUGCAAGUACAAGGAUAUAAAGUCCCUUUAUGAUUAUAUAGAGAACUGCAAUUUUUUUUCAGAGUUUCUGCUGUUGCAGUCAUUGUACUCUGUAUCGAUUUACACUUGAUGAUUAAUAUUUGGUAAAUUUCAAUAGUCUGUCAAAAAUUUUAGACUAUUUCACAAUGGGAAAAUUUAUGAUUUCUGUUUCAUCUGUUAAUUUGAUUUAGAUCUACACGUAGCUUACGGACUCUAUAGCAUAGAAUACUUCAUGAAUGUAUAAAAAAAAUUAUGUUCCUUCAUGAAAAUACCGGAAAAGGUUUUUAUUUCUGGAUGAAAACUGUAUAAACUUGCUGCUUGUAUACGUCUUCAGUUGUCACUAAUAAACAACCACAUGGAUUAGUUUG